AUGACAGAACAUGCUGGAAUAGAAAGUGCUCAUCAGGGCCACGGGCUUGAGCAGGUUCAAAAGCACGAAAUAAAGGAAAUAACAGAGAGUCUAAUUGGGAAAAAGGUUGCAUUCUCGGGGUGGGUGCGGUCCUUCCACGAGGUUGGAAAAAAGGUGUUCUUUACCGUGUAUUCUUCUGGCUAUCUGGUGAAGUGCAUAUACUCCACCAAAGAGGAGAAGCUUCACCUGACAAGGCACACUUCUGUUGAGGUGGAGGGAGAAGUGCGAAAAAACUUCACAAAGGACGCGUUCACGUGCGAAGUGCAUGUUACGGCCUGCCGCAUAUUCGGGGGAAAAACCGCGCCUUCUUUGGAGCUGGACAAGACGCAGACAAGCGAGUCCAUUCUUCUGGACCACCAGCACAUCCUGAUCAGGGACCCGGAGAGGGCUGCCGUUCUGAAGGUGCGUGCUGAGAUGAUGCGGAUAUUCCGGGAGUUCUACUACAGGAACGAGUACACGGAAGUAACCCCGCCCACGCUCGUGCAGACACAGGUCGAGGGAGGAAGCACGCUUUUCCAGCUGGACUACUUUGGCGAGGAGGCGUAUCUCACGCAGUCUUCGCAGCUCUACUUGGAGACAGUUGUUCCGGUCUUUGGAAAGGCGUACUGCAUCGCGUCCUCCUACAGGGCGGAGAAAAGCAACACCAGAAGGCACCUGAGCGAGUACACGCACGUGGAGGCAGAGCUUGCAUGGAUCGACUUUGAAAAGCUGCUGUCGGAAAUAGAAGACCUUGUUAUCUUUGCAACGGAGGAGUUUAACAGAAAAUGCAUCCCCAUCCUCGCACACUUCGGAGUAAAGAAGGAGCCUCUCCCCGUUCCAGCGAAGCCCUUUGUACGGCUGCAGCACAGCGACGCCAUAAACGUGCUCGUACAGGCAGGCAUCAAGAAGGAGGACGGAACAGACUACACGCACGCGGACGACAUCCCAGACGCCCCGGAGAGAUACGUCUGCGACGCUGUCGGGAAAGGAGCCCCCGUUUUUCUCACGAAGUUCCCCGUGGAGAUGAAGAGCUUCUACAUGGAGAGGGCAGGCGAAGGCCUUACAAACAGCUGCGACUUGCUGUACCCCGGAGUGGGCGAAAUCGUUGGAGGCUCUAUGAGGAUCUUCAAGCACGACGAGCUCCUGGAGGGGUUCAGGCGGGAGAAGAUCUCCCCGGAGCCGUACAAGUUCUACACCGACCAGGCACUCUACGGACCCUGCCCCCACGGAGGAUACGGCCUGGGAUUCGAGAGGAUACUUAUGGGGUUCAUGCCAGAGCUUGUGCCGAAAGUGCGCAGUGCGUGCUUGUACCCUAGAUUUAACGGAAGGUGCCGGCCUUAG